AUGUCCACUAUUACAGAGACUAAAAUUCAGGUUCCAACUGAGGGCCAAAAACUUCAACCUGUCACCGACAAGGGCUACACUCUUGGAACGCAAGGUGUUCACAAUCUAGCAUUCGGCGGUCUGGAAUAUAAGGAUGAAAGACCUAAAUUCGCUAACUCACUCGAAGAACGCAAACAUGUCUUGCAGCAUAUGGCUGGUACAUUCCGGGUUUUUGGCAGAAUGGGAUUCACGGAGGGCCCUGCAGGCCAUAUCUCUGUUAGAGAUCCUGUGGAUCCAGAAACUUUUUGGAUCAACCCAUUAGGUAUGCAUUUCAGCCAAAUAUGCGUAUCGGAUCUGGUUCACGUCGAUUCAGAGGGAAAUAUCUUGAGCGAUGGCAACCAAGCUGCAAUCAAUGCUGCUGGCUUUAGAAUUCACGCACAGCUACAUAAGGCAAGACCAGACGUCAAUGCCGCUUGUCAUGCUCACACAAUCUACGGCAAAUCUUGGGCAGCAUUCGGCAAAGAACUCGACAUGAUUAACCAGGACGCCUGCAUCUUCUACAAGUGCCAUGGCGUAUACCAGGAUUUUGGCGGCGUCGUUUUAGAAUCUGAAGAAGGCGAACGCCUUGCUGAAGCUCUUGGAGACAAAAAAGCGCUUUUGUUGGUAAGUCAUGGAUUGCUGACCGUAGGAGAAACUGUAGACGAGGCCGCCUACUUGUUUGGUUUAAUGGAAAGGAGUUGUCAAGUCCAAUUACAGGUUGAAAUGGCAUCUAAUGCGGGCCUUAGAAAGAGAAUUAUCGAUGACGACGCCGCAUAUUACACAUAUUACAACACUUCUGAUCCGGAAAGCUUAUAUAGCUCGUUCCAACCGGACUACAACUUGGAACUUAAGCUCACGAAUGGCGAGUUUCUACAAUGA